AUGAAUGCUGAUUCGGCUUAUAUAAGAAGACUGAAGAGUUUCUGUGAUGACAACGGUUUGAAACAGUUAAUAAACAACCCUACUCGUGUAUCACAAAAUUCAUCGACAUUAAUAGAUUUGUGCCUGUCCAAUAUUGCAUCCAAAAACAUUAUGUGUUCUGUUUCGAUUGACGACAAAAUAUCCGAUCACGCACUAUUGGAAAUAAACCUAAUUGGUAAAUGUGAAACUAAUAAGCCAAAGAAUCAUCAAAUAUCUGUAUGGAAAGACUAUGACCGCUUGAAGCUCUGUGAUACUAUUGAGUCGUAUUUAUUUUCUUGGCAUUAUGUAGAACGAGCAUCAUUGAAUGAUAAAAUGAAUUGGCUUCUAAGUGUUUUAAGCCUGAGCACCGAUCAAUUUAAGUCAAAGAUAACAAUCCGUAAUAUUGACAAUUUUUUCGAUAGUGAAUUGGAGAAUAUGAGAGUUGAAAAGAACCGUUUGUAUAAAAUUGCACAGUACGAAACAUAUAAUGUGGAUGAAAAGUGGCAUGAAUACAGAGUGUUUAAAAAUGAAUAUAAAAAUAAAAUACAAAUAAAAAAAUAUGAGACAAACCAAAAUAAACUAAAUCGCGUGCAGGGUGAUUCAAAGGGUACCUGGAAAGUAUUAAAAUCAAUUUUAUGCAAAGAUUCAAGUGAAAUUACAUAUAUUAAAAACGGCGACCAAACAUUUGAUGACGAUAUCGAUAUUGUUAACAAAUUCAACGAGUAUUUUGUGACCAGCAUUAUUCAGCUGAACGAAUCCAUACCACUUAGAAUCUAUGUAAAUGACAUCAUUGCUGACGAACAUCUCUCUUUUGAAUUUCGUAAUGUUUCAUUAUCAGAGAUAAAAUCGUGCAUCAAAGAACUGAAAGACAACACAGAUGAGUUCUUUAUCAAACCAACCGUAUUGUGGGAUGCGAUCUUUGUUAUUGGCCUACAAUUAGCCAAUAUCAUCAACGAAUCGUUCACCUGCGGGAUCUUUCCUGAAGCACUCAAACAGUCAACAAUUUUGCCAAUUCAGAAGAAAAGUGGAACUGUACUCAUUAACGAACAUCGGCCAAUAAAUAUGUUACCAUGCAUUGAAAGAGUCAUCGAAAAACUAGCACACAAACAAUUCAAUAUGUACGUUCAAUCAAACAAUCUUCUCAAUCAAUGUCAAUCGGGAUUUCGAGCUUUACAUUCGUGUGAGUCAGCAAUCAACGAUGUGCUAUAUGAUUUGAGAGAUGCGCAAAAUAAAUCGCAAAUUACCGUCGCAGUUUCCCUGGAUCUUCAACGUGCAUUUGAGGUCAUCGAACCAAAUUUACUCAUCGAAACAUUAAAAAAAUACGGAGUUCAACCAUUAUCUCUUCAAUGGUUCAAGAGCUAUUUAACAAACAGAAGCCAGACGGUUAAGAUCGGCGACGUAAUUUCAGAGCCACGUGAUAAUAAUUUGGGUGACGGACGUUCACUAAAUAUGCUAACAAUUACGUUGAUGACUUGCAUACAAAGAACGUUUUUAACGGGCGGUGGCUAUGCACUGGUGAAUGAAACGUGCAAUUAUGCAAUUAAAAGAAUGUGCACGCAAAUUCAGGAGUAA